GCGCCGCCGCCGCCGCCCGCCGCCGAGCCCCGCGGGCAGCCCGGCCGCCUGCGCCGCCCGCCGAGCUGCGGGUGCCCGGGCGGGGGACCAUGCCGUGCCGGAGGGAGGAAGACGAGGACGCCGGCGACGAGGCGGAGGGGGAGGAGGAGGACGACGACAGCUUCCUCCUGCUGGAGCAGUCGGUGACGCUGGGCGGCUCGGGCGACGUGGACCGGCUGGUGGCCCGGAUCGGCGAGACGCUGCAGCUGGACGCGGCGCACGACGGCCCGGCGUCCCCCCGCGCGCCCCCGGGGCCUCCGCUGCAGCCCCCGCGGCCCCCGGCGGCGGCGGCGGCGGCGGCGGCGGUGCGGGUGGACAAGGCCCGGCCGGCGGCGCUGCCGUUGCUGCUGCCGCCGCCCGCGCCGGCCGAGGCGGGGGGCCCGGCGGCCGCGGGGGCCUUGCGCUGCGCCCUCGGGGAUCGCGGCCGCGUGCGUGGCCGGGCUGCGCCCUACUUUGUGGCCGAGCUGCCCGCGGGCCCCGGCGCGCUGCCCGGCCCGUGCCGGCGCGGGUGGCUGCGGAGCGCCGUCUCGGCUCGCCGCCUGCAGCCGCGUCGCUGGCCCCCGGCGGGGGCGCGCACCCGCGAGGACGACCCGCACCGGCUCCUGCAGCAGCUCGUGCUCUCGGGGAACCUCAUCAAGGAGGCCGUGCGGAGACUCCAACGAGCCGUGGCCGCCGUGGCCGCCACGGGCCCCGCGGGAGCCCCCGCGCCCGGGAGCGGCCGCGCCGGCCCGGAUCCCGUGGCCCUGCAGCCCUCCGGCGCCUUGCACUGACCCCGGGCUCCUGGAGGAGGACGAGGAGGAGGCAGAGGCGGCCGCAGCGCGGAGUCCACGGCGUCCUGCCCAUCGCCGGCCCGGAGCGUCAUGACCUGCGACCCUGGCGCCCACCUCCGGCCGAGGCGCCCCUGGCCCCCGCCCGGCGGACGGAGGAAACUUGAGCUCGGAGAAAUGCACGGACCCGGGUGCGUCGGUGCCGCGUGCGUGAGAAUUCCCCCUCCCGGCCACCUCGGGGGCCCCCCCGGACCCGGGAUGAACCGGGAGAACUCUGGCAGCUACUUGCAGUGACUUGUACCUGAUUUAACCCUUGGGGGCGUCGUGCGCUUGGAUUGUUCGAAGAUAGGGCUCCUAGGGGCGGGGGUGGCGAGGGCUACGUAACAAUACUUGAAAACGAAUCACAUGCAUACAUGUUCUUUCUUUUCCGGUGGGGGAAGCCUAGUGGAAAUGGUGCUACAAUUGCUGUGCAGAGAGAAAUUCCGAAGGCGAGAAGAAUGUCAAAGCUUGGUGGUGGGUGGGCUGCCCGUCUCCCUGACCCCUCCACCUCAUAGGUGGCUGGUGGAGCUGGGAGAUGCGUAAACCCCAGCUAGGGAACCCGGAGGGAGGUGGAAGAGUUUUGCAAGUGGGCAGAGGUGAACUUGAAUGUGCACUUUGAAAUGACUUGACCUUGCCACCUGGGGUUCAAGGUCAUGACUUAACUGUGCUUGGAAGUCUGUUUUGGGGGAGUGGUCCCUGAAAGCGCGAAUUGGUGGCUCUCCUGGCUCCAAGAAAGAGCUGUGUGUGCUUUGCUAUCUCUUGGGAGUCUCCAGAGGACACACACAGACUGGCCUGUGGGGAGAGUUGUUUGUUUUUCCGGAAAGUCUCCUCCUGGGAGGCCACUCUUGGCCCAGCCGUGAGCUUUCUCAGAACUCAGAACAUCGGCAUAAACACCCGACUCUCUCCUGGCCUGGGACUGGCCUACGCUUUCCACCCUCUCCUGGUAUCCAUCGGGAUGGAUGGAGGAGAUAGGUUCUUACUCUGUGCUGGCCUUACGGGAGCCUGGGGCCAGCCCGCAAGAGGCCUCAUCCCCUCUGACCUCUUACCACCGAUUGCGAUUGCGAGUGACUGAAAUCCUUUUUUUUUUCCAAGUGACUCUCCCGGAGGAGAAACGGCAGCAGGCUUUUACAAACCUCUUGAAACUUGACUGCGCUGUUUAGAAAGGUGCCACUCCCCUCCCUGCCCGUCCCCCGAACUUGAAGGUAGCUAAACCAAUUUUUUUUUUACAAAAAAAAACAAAAACAAACAAAAAAAAACAUUCAAUGGCUUGUUCAUCCUCCAGAUGUAGCUAUUGACGUACACUUCGCAGCGGAGUGUGUUAAAUUGUGGUGGUCCUGAUUUAUAGGAUUUCUUAAUUAAGUUGCUGAAUAAAUUUGGUUUUUGUUUUGAA